UCCCCCCGGACACGUCCCCCUUCGACGUCCGCCGGCCCGUGUGGAGGGAGCUGCUGGAGUGGGACAAAGUGCAGGAAAUGUUGCUGGCUCUGUGGAGGAGUGAGCCUCCCGGAACCUUCGUGGAGAUCGGCGCCGUCGACGGAGUGUUCAUGAGCCAGACGUUGAUGCUGGAGAAGACCCUCGGCUGGUCGGCUCCGAAAACCGGACCCUCGCUCGUUCGCCAUUCUGCAAGACCGACGUCGCAACGCUUCUCUCGCACCGUUGUGUGUCAACGAACAGCAUUCCGAUCUGCACCUGUUCUGGGCGAUGGACUUGAUAAAAGAUUUACCUCAGGAAUACCAAGCGCUCAUGAUGGCCAGAAGCAAACUGUCCUCAGAGACCAUCGACGGGGACGAGCGUCAGGGAAGGUCGAGGCUGGUGCGCUGCGUUCCCCUGACGACCCUCCUCCUCGCGGCUCGCUUCCAGAGGGCGGACUUCCUGAGCGUGGCCACGGGGCUGCCUGAGGACCACAAGCUCCUCCAGGGCGUGCUGAAGGAGCCAGAAAAGUUUGACAUUAAGACGAUCCUGGUGCAGUACACGCGGGGCGUCCUGAAGGUGACGCCGUACCCGACCCUCCAUGGGUACGUGUACGACAUGGAGCGGUCUUUCCUCCUGACGCGACUCUACUGGAGGAGGAGCCACUGCCAGCUGCUCGAGAAGGUGACGACCUGCAGGAGGUUCAAGCACUACGACCUGGCGGAGGCUUGCUUCAAGUACCGCUGCCUGGGUUUCGCUACGGUGUGGUCGUUCAGCUGA